AUGAAUCAGGUCUCGGCGAAGUCCAAGUUGAAGACAACUGAGUUCAUUGGGGGGGAGACGAGGGGGGUGAAAUUUAUGAAUAGGGCUAAGGGUCACCUGAACACAGUCAGCAAAAAUGUGGCACACGUAUCCAGUUCGGCUAACCCACAGUUUACGCACAAAACGUCGUUUGUGAAGAAUUCGCACUUGAAAUUGCGGACGAACAACCCUGUGCUUAAGCAACCUCCCAAGAGCAGCCUCAAAAGCAAUCAGAGGAGCUCCCUGAAGGUUUCCCACGUCGAGUUCGCCAAGUAUAGCCAUAAAAAGGGUCAUCAAAACGAUGACGAUGAGGGCGGUGGAAACGGCGGCGGUUACGAUGAAGACAACGCUGGUGCAAAUGAUGGCCUAAAUGAUGAUCUGCAUGAUGACGUACGUGAUGACCUGCAUGAUGACGCGCGUGAUGAUCUGCAUGAUGACGCACGUGAUGAUGGGGGGAGGGAGGCGAGACCGGGGGGGAGAAUGGUGCCCCCACCCAACGCCUGUAACGCGACAAACGCAGAGGGGAAGAAGACCUACCUGAACAAGUUCGCCGUACGGAACCAAAGAAGGGACAGGUAUGGUGAGAGCGGGCGGACCGUCGUCAUCGGCAGUGGAAAGAACCAUGCAAACAGUCAUGCAAACAAUAGCCAUGCAAACAGCCAUGCAAACAGCCACAGCGGCGGUAAUCCUAAGCUGGGACAGCCCGGCAUGCUUAGGCAGCCCCACCACUACGAGCGGGAGGAAGGUGGGGUGGGGGGAAAUGAAUUGGGGCGCAGGGCGGAAGACGCCAUCUACUCGUACAGCUCGCCCAUGAAGAGAAAAUACGACGUCAUGGAGAAUAUACACAGGGGGUCUGCCACCAGGGGAGGUAAGGGAAGUGAUAGCGAUAGCGAUAGUGGGGGCGACAUUGGAGGGGACCCUCACGGCGAGCGCAAGAGAGGAAGGAGGGACACCAACACACAGAGUAAACGAUACGCCUCAAGAAGUCACCACCAUGAGAGUGGAAAUUCACACUAUGGUAAUAACGUGAGUACCAUCAAUAUGUCAAGUGGUACGAAUGAAAAGGUCAGUGCUUACGGCAGCAUGAUGUUGUAUUCUAAUGAGAAGCUUCUAAGUAGCAACAACACGGGGCUUGGUGCGCACCCAAGUCUGAACAGUAGUGGGUUGCAUGCGAUCAGCCAGGAGGACGCUCUGCUGAGUAGGUCCUACCAGCCGUUGAGUACAACAGGUGGGAACGCAGUGGGGAAUGCGACCGGCGCGACGAACAUGCCCGGUGGGGACCAGGGCGAGGAUAACGUGAGGACCACCCCGUUAGGGCGAAGCUACGCGAAAUUCGAUCGGCUGAGGAGGGGCGAACCGACGCUUGCCGUUCCGGCGCACAGGUACCAGCAGCAACCGGAGCAGUCACAGCAGUCGCAGCAGUUGCAGCAGUCGAAGCAAUCGCAGCAGUCGAAGCAGUCGCAGCAAUCGCAGCAGUCGAAGCAGUCGCAGCACAUGAAUAACUCGCUCUACUACCUGAGCAAGAACCCCGCGAGACCGCACAGACGAAGCAGACACACCAAUUAUAUAAACGACACGAAUAGCGAAAAGAUGGCGAAUAAUACGAUGGGCAGCCACAACGAGAUGUUUAACUCGUGUACGUUCGACCGACUGAGUGAGGAGAAUUUUAAUUCCUGUGCGAAGAAGAGGGCGGAUGGGCGGAUGGACACUCAUGUCACUCAUGUCACUCAGGUCACUCAGGUGGGUGCCAUGGACGGGGGAGGCGGCGAGGGCUCGGCGUAUAACGGAGCGGAUCGCGGCAUGGAUCGCGCAGCGAGUGCGAAUAGGAACGCCGCGUCGAACAGCUCCCAAAAAUUGUCGCGGCUGCUGAGGAACGAUGCCAUGGCGAGCCACCAGCGGGUGGGGGGACUAAGCAGCGAGAAGAAGGGGUGCUUGAAGAGCAGCCAGCUGGAGUCAAGCGGCGCGGAGUUGCGCAGCGUGGAGUUACGCAACAUGGACUUACACAACAUGGACUUGCGCAGCGUAGAGCUACACAACAUGGACGUACGCAACAUGGACCUACACAACAUGGACGUGCGCAACGUGCCCGCAUCGGUGCAGUACGCAGAGGGCCGCCCGUUCGCUGCGGGAUCCACUAGCGCCAUUGGCCCCGUUAGCAGCGCGUUGAAAAAAGGAGCCCCCCCGAAUGAGAUACGAAACGGAAGAGGAGAAAAUCUACCCGUUCUGAACAGACUAGAUAGUCAAGAAGGAGAUAGUGAAGACGAAUAUUAUCGAAAUGUCGUGCACAACAUCACAAAUUUCAACAGUGAAGAAAAAGACAUGAACAUCUUAUACACAAAUGUAAUAAAUCUAAAUAAUUAUGUAUUAAAUUUAGAGAAAGAAAAUAAAAAUAUGAACGAAAUUGUUAUGACAAAUAACAGCAUCAGUGAUACAGUUAGAUCUACUCAACAGAUUGUAUUGGCUAGAAAAAAAGUGAUUCAGGAUAAGAGAAAUAUAAUUAAUGAAGAAUAUGAACUCAUUUCUGAGAAGCUGAAAGAAUGUGAAUCCAUUUUUUGUGAUUCGAAUGAUGGUACGAAAGGAGAAAAGAAAUUAAACGUUUUUUACGAAAUUGAUGAGAAGAAAAAUAUACUUAAAGGAAAAUAUGAAAUGAAGAAAAUGCUUCUGAAAAAAGCAGAGUAUAAAAUCGAGAAGCUACAAGAGUACACAGAUGCAGUAAAGUUAAAAACGCUAGCCAUUUCUGAGAGGUACAAGAAAACGUUUCUACUUAUAGAGGAACUGUUUAGGUUGAAGAUCAUCAAAGAUACAGAGAAUGAGGUCCAAGUUUGUCUCAUUCCUAAGAAUACGAAAACGAACAUGUGGCACAAGCUACAGCUGGACAAGAGGGAGAUGACGUCCGACGCCUGCGAUUAUUUGUGGAAUCAGAUAGAGUCCUUCGUCGACAAGGAGGCUCUCAACAGCUACCUCUAA